AUGGCAACGCCAAAAUUGACUUCGGAUCAAACAAAUUUUGUUUAUUUUGGAAUUGCAGCAGUAGAAGAAAUACCCCGAAUUUUGCGAAAACUCUUAGAGAGUCAAAUUCAGCCUCAUAAUUUACCUUCAGCGGUAACAAACUGCACUACUUUAAAACUUCGUCAAGAGCAACGUUGUCUUGUGUGUCCAAAUUCAACUCAGGAUCCAGACUAUGAAGCAUUUGAUGUUACGUUACUAUACACUUUACUUCGAAAUCUCUGCCCUGCAUUCAAACCAACGAGAGGAUGGGGAAUUAAUCCGUUUAACAGUCAUCUUUGUGUUGGGGAUGAUAUUGAGAGGCUAAGAUACCUACGAAACAACUCAUUCGCACAUUUGAAAAGUUCGUCGAUAUCAGAUUCCGACUUCCAAAAAUUAUGGUCUUCCUUAGAAGAUAUCUGUAAAAGAAUUGAAAUCAAAAUGAAAACGCUAUCUUCUUCAAUUCAUUAUCAAAUCGGCCUCGGAGACAUUUUACAAAAGGACUUUGGGAUGGAAUCCUUAGAAUUCUAUCAAUCCUUUAUAGCUUUAGAUAAUCAAAAUGUUCAUAGAAAAUUAUCUGAAAUAUCUAAAAAUGUGGAUAAGUUAGUCUUGGAACAAGAAAAGAAAACAUCAAAACUACAAAUCUGCGGUCCCUCUAUUGUGGAAUAUGGUGCCGAUGCUGAAUUUUAUAUCAAGUUUGACGGAGAAUCUAACAAUAAUAUCCAUUAUGUUUCCUGGAUUAGACGAGAAGGCGCCGUUGCGCAUGAAAUAGAUAUAAAAAAUGAAAAGUAUGAAGGCAGCUUAAAUGAGAAACUUAUGAUUCGGAAUGUCUCAUUUGAGGAUAACGGAAAAUACCAAGCAAUCAUGCUAGAGCUCAACCAGACACAUAUCCACUCCAACCAAAUUGAUUUGACGGUCUCAGGAAGAAUUCCAUGCGUAAUUUUAUCGGGACCAAAAAGUGUCCGUUUUGGAGACACAGCAGAAAUUUGUUCAACAAUUCAAUCAGAUCUCCCCAUUUUAGAAAAGAAAUGGAUUAUAAAUGAUAAAAACAAGUUAAUGGAUAUAGAUAUUCAAACUUUUAAAUAUCAAGGAAGUACUUUGCAUGUCCAAACAUCGAGACUUUUCAUCCAUAAUACUAAUUUCGGAGACCAAUGUAUUUAUCAUUUUGCUGUGUCUAAUGCAAUUGGGGAGGUCAGAAGUGAUCCCUUUGUUUUACGUGUUUUGGGUUCCGUUCCAAGGAUCACCAUUGGUCAUAUAACUGACCUGCAAGCACGAUCAGUACGGAUAAUGACUGAUAUUUCCAUUGACGAACAUUCUCCCCCUGUAUCUUCAAUACACUGGUCAAAAGAUGGGAAACCUAUAGCUGAAAACACCGCUAAAUACCGUUUUCUUCAAGAAAAUCAACGAUCACUUUGUAUAUUAAAUAUAGAUGAAUAUGAUGCUGGGUUAUAUAAAUGUGUUGUGGCAAAUCUGGUUGGAAAGGCCGAGAGUGAAAUCGUUCAAUUAGGUCCACCAGAAAUAACUUUAAAGGAAGGGACGGACACUGAAAUUUCGACAACCUUUUCAGCAAGAGUAUUAUCUGUUCCUUCUGUUACCACUCUGAAUUGGGAAAAAAUUAUUACCACAGACAAUAAACCUCAGUGCAUUCCCAUCAAUAUAAUGGACUCGAUGUAUCAAGAUAGUUGUAAUUUGUGUCCAUUUCCAAAACUGGUAGUUAAAAAGAUUGAAGCUAUUAAACUACAAAAAAUUAAGCUCAUUGCAGAAAAUUUUGUAGGGAAGACGGAUGUCAUAAUAGACGUUCCGGAAUUUAUAAAAAGUAACCAAGAGGAUAAUCUAAAGAGACAAGUCAUGGGGGAAAUCGGUAACACUUUAUUUAAAGAAGGUAACCUGAUUAGUGCAAGCACGGAAUCAGGACAACUCGCCCCCAAGACAACUCGCCCCCAACACCUGUUAAGACAACUCGCCCCCAAUUUAGGACAACUCGCCCCCACUCAGGACAGCUCGCCCCCACUGUAG